AUAUUAACAUAUAACCAUAUUUUUAUUCUGUGAUAUAACGAAGAUUUUUUCAUCUUUAGAUGACGUUAUGUGUAACCGUGUCCGAAUUUCAACUUGGUAUUUUAAAGUCUGAUAAUAAGCCGGUUUUAGUUAUUGUAAAUUUGUCAUCAUGACAUCAGAAACAAAAAAUUCUGUUGAGGAAGACGAUUUUGUAGACCCUUGGAACGUAUGCAGCAAAUCCAAAAAGGGCAUUGAUUAUGACAAACUUAUUAACAGGUUUGGUAGUAGCAAAAUUAAUGAUGAUUUAAUACUUCGUCUAGAAGCUCUUGCAAAAAAACCUGUGCACCACUUUCUAAGAAGAGGCAUAUUUUUUUCACACAGAGAUCUUCAUAAUAUUUUAAAUUUGUACGAACAAGGAAAGCCAUUUUACUUAUACACAGGUCGAGGACCAUCCUCUGGCUCAUUACAUAUUGGGCACUUACUUCCAUUUAUAUUAACCAAGUGGUUACAAGAUGUUUUUGAUGUUCCUCUUGUAAUUCAGCUAACUGAUGAUGAAAAGUUUCUUUGGAAAGAUUUGUCAGUAGAAGAAACAAGACGUUUAGCAUUAGAAAAUGCUAAAGAUAUUAUAGCAUGUGGAUUUAAUAAAAAAAAUACUUUUAUAUUUUCCGACUUUCAGUUCAUGGGUGAGUGUCCUUCAUUCUACACCAAUGUGAUUAGGAUUCAAAAAAGUGUUACUUAUAAUCAAGUCAAAGGAAUUUUUGGAUUUGGUGACAGUGAUGUAAUUGGAAAAAUUGCUUUUCCUGCUGUUCAAGCAGCACCAUGUUUAUCAUCAACAUUCCCAUUCAUAUUUGGGAAUAAUAAUGUUCCUUGUUUAGUGCCUUGUGCUAUAGAUCAGGAUCCUUAUUUUCGGAUGACUAGAGAUGUUGCUCCUAAGCUUGGCAGUCAUAAGCCUGCUCUGAUACAUUCAUCUUUUUUGCCAUCAUUACAAGGAGCUGAUACUAAAAUGUCUGCCAGUGAUCUAAACUCUGCUAUUUACUUAACUGAUUCUACAAAACAAAUAAAAAAUAAAGUAAAUAAAUAUGCAUUUUCUGGAGGUCAAGUAACUAUUGAAGAGCAUAGAGAAAAAGGAGGCGAUUGCAGUAUAGAUAUAUCAUACCAAUAUUUGAAGCAUUUCUUAGAAAACGACGAAGAAUUAAAAAGAAUUGAAAAAGCCUAUUCUUCUGGAGAAAUGUUAACUGGAGAACUGAAAAAAAUACUAAUUGAUGAAGUUACUAAAAUUGUACUUGAACAUCAAGAUAAUAGAAGCAAAAUAACAGAUGAAGAAGUGAAAGAAUUCAUGACGCCUAGAGCUCUAGAAUGCUAUAAAUUAAAAUUGAUAUUUCUGGAAUAUAACAUGUUGCUAAAAUAUAAGUUUAUAAUCAAAUUGGACCAAAUCAUACUCUUUAGAAAAAAUAUUACAAUUUUUUACAAAAACUUCCAUAAGGAUUUAUAAUUUUUAAGUAUAAGU